UGACGUAGCUCUGGCCGGGCGGCCACCCUGCCCCCGCUUCCUUUCACGCUGCUGCCGCCCGUAGGUGGUUGUGGCCACCGAGCCCAGAAGGAGGAGGCGGCGGCGGCGGCGGCGGCGGCGGCGGCGGCGGCAGCGGCAGCGAAUGAUGCCUGGGAAACUCCUCUGGGGGGACAUUAUGGAGCUGGAGGCACCCUUGGAGGAGACCGAGAGCCAAAGGAAGGAGAGGCAAAAGAGUGAUAGAAGGAAGUCAAGGCACCAUUAUGACUCAGAUGAGAAAUCAGAAACAAGAGAAAAUGGUGUUACAGAUAACUUGGAUGCUCCCAAGCCCAAAAAAGCUAAAAUGAAAGAGAAGCUAAAUGGAGACACUGAAGAAGGAUGUAAUAAUAGACUUUCAGAUGAAUUUUCUAAAUCUCAUAAGUCAAGAAGAAAAGAUCUGUCAAAUGGAGAUAUUGGUGAAUAUGAAAAAAAAUCAAAGCGAAUGUCAUCCUUAGAUAGUUCUGCUCAUAAAUCAAGUGAUAAUAAACUAGAGGAGACCCUAACACGUGAACAGAAAGAAGGAGCCUUCUCCAAUUUCCCUAUUUCUGAAGAGACAAUAAAGCUUCUAAAAGGUCGAGGGGUAUCAUAUCUCUUUCCUAUUCAAGUUAAGACCUUUGGUCCUGUAUAUGAAGGAAAAGAUUUAAUUGCUCAAGCACGGACAGGAACAGGAAAGACAUUCUCUUUUGCCAUCCCCUUGAUUGAAAGACUCCAAAGAAAUCAAGAGACAAUUAAAAAAAGCCGCUCACCAAAGGAUUCUGAAGACAAUCCUCAGACUUUACUUUUUUCUGCAACUUGCCCACAGUGGGUAUACAAAGUUGCAAAAAAAUACAUGAAAUCCAGAUACGAACAGGUUGACCUUGUCGGAAAAAUGACUCAAAAGGCUGCAACUACUGUGGAACAUUUGGCCAUCCAGUGCCAUUGGUCUCAGAGGCCAGCAGUUAUUGGAGACGUCCUUCAAGUCUACAGUGGGUCUGAAGGGAGGGCUAUUAUUUUCUGUGAAACCAAAAAGAAUGUAACUGAAAUGGCCAUGAAUCCACAUAUAAAACAGAAUGCCCAAUGUUUACAUGGGGACAUUGCACAGUCACAAAGAGAAAUUACACUGAAAGGCUUCAGAGAAGGUAGUUUUAAAGUUUUGGUGGCAACCAAUGUGGCUGCCCGUGGUUUGGACAUUCCUGAGGUUGAUCUGGUGAUUCAAAGUUCUCCUCCCCAGGAUGUUGAGUCCUAUAUUCAUCGUUCUGGACGAACAGGUAGAGCUGGCCGGACAGGGAUUUGCAUAUGUUUUUAUCAACCCAGAGAAAGAGGUCAACUAAGAUAUGUGGAACAAAAAGCAGGAAUUACUUUUAAACGUGUAGGUGUUCCUUCUACAAUGGAUUUAGUUAAAUCUAAAAGCAUGGAUGCCAUCAGGUCUCUGGCUUCCGUUUCUUACGCUGCUGUUGAUUUUUUCCGACCAUCAGCUCAGAGAUUGAUAGAAGAGAAAGGGGCAGUGGAUGCAUUGGCUGCAGCAUUAGCCCACAUCUCUGGUGCAUCAAGUUUUGAACCACGAUCUUUGAUCACCUCUGAUAAGGGGUUUGUCACCAUGACUUUGGAAAGUCCAGAAGAAAUACAGGAUAUCAGCUGUGCAUGGAAAGAACUUAACAGAAAGCUGAGUAGUAAUGCUGUAUCCCAAAUUACCAGAAUGUGCCUCCUAAAAGGAAAUAUGGGUGUUUGCUUUGAUGUUCCCACAACUGAGUCAGAAAGGUUACAGGCAGAGUGGCAUGAUUCAGACUGGAUACUUUCAUUGCCAGCCAAGUUACCCGAAAUUGAAGAAUAUUAUGAUGGAAACACGUCUUCUAACUCCAGGCAGAGGAGUGGCUGGUCAAGUGGCCGGUCCGGCCGGUCGGGCCGGUCAGGUGGUCGAUCUGGUGGCCGGUCAGGUAGACAGAGUCGACAGGGAAGUCGGUCAGGAAGUCGACAAGAUGGUAGAAGACGAAGUGGGAAUAGAAAUCGAUCAAGAAGCGGGGUCCACAAACGGAGUUUUGACUGAGUAUUUGAUAGUUAAUCUACCAGUGUGAGCUUGCCUAUUUCUGCCUAAUCAUGUACAUUAUCCACCAAAAAUUAGGUCAUCAUAGUUGAGGUAUGUGUCUGCUCUUUGCAAAGAAGUUGGUCAUAUUUUUUUAAAAAGUAUUUCGCAAGAAUGGUUGUAAACAAAUCUACUUAUCCAGUUAUACCUUUGAAUAAAAAAACUCCUUUUAUUGUCUCUUUUCA